AUGCAGCCCACGGUGAUAUCCAUCAUCAUCACAACCAACUACGCUCUAUCGUCCCAGCAAGGUAUCCAAACCUUUCACUGUUGCGGCGAGCUCGGAGGUUCGGCGCAUGUUGUCUGCCUCACCUGCCGUAUCGAAGCGCGGAGACAGCAUGUAUGCCUUGCCCUAAAACGACAUCUUGCGGGAGAGGAUGGCGCAUUGCAUGGAUGGCUCAACGUGGCGAGGUUGGACACUGGGUUUCCUUUGGAAACAUGGCCGGGAAAGGCUUUAGGGCAUAAAGACGUACUAAUCGCUAAUGUCAACGCUACCAGGCUGAAACCUCGUAGGCAAUCAACAACAUCCACGACGCAUCCGGCGGUUCAUAAACCAUUCGCAAUCAGCUACGUUGCCAGCCUCAGCCACCAGGCCGUAAAGCCAUCAGGCUGUAAAGACUACUGCACCCGGGCUGCUAGGGUUUUGUCCACCAGCCAAGCUGGCGUCCCUCCAUGUCAGCUGCCAAGCGCAUGGCUGGCCAAUCCGAAUGUGCGACACCAGCGCUCGUAUUCUCUGCAUCUGUCGCCGGAAGGCUAUAAAGGCUCGACAGUUCCCGUGCUCAACUCUCUCUAA